AUGGCUAACACGAAGUAUGAUAUUGCCAUUUAUGAUUACAUCAUUAUUGGAGGUGGAACAAGUGGUGCGGUUGCAGCUCGACGUUUGGCAGAGGGAAAAGAUCACUACAAUGUGUGUCUUCUCGAAGCUGGUCCUAGUAACGAAGGUUUAGACAACAGUCGAAUGCCUGGUGGUGUAUCAACGCUGUUGCAGGAGAGUGCGCUCUCUUGGGGAUACGAUACAGUUCCUCAGAAAGGAUGUAACAAUCGUGUUCUAACCGCUAUACGAGGUCGUUUUCUCGGAGGUUGCAGUGGACUUAAUGGCACAGUGAUUGCCCGCGGUGUCAAAGCGGAUUAUGACCGAAUUGUUGACAUGGGAAAUCCAGGAUGGAGUUGGGAUGACAUGCUGCCUUAUUUUAAAGCAUCUGAAACGUUUCAUCCGGCUGCAUGGCACCAAGCAGACUUGGCUGCUCAUGGUACGAAUGGGCCUCUGCACACUGAACCGCAUCCUCUGGCGCCUAUCUCCGAAAAAAUUCUCGAAUCAUUUAUCGAUCGUGGCUUUGAAUACAAACCAGAUAUGUUCGUUCAAGGUGAAUAUGAAGGUCUGUUAUGUUCAUAUUACACUAUAAAGUAUAUUGAUAUCAGAUUUCUCUAG